CCAAAAGAAAAGUCCAAGAUCUCCUCAGCCCGACGGUUGGGUUUGAAGAUCAGAUUGCUGAUUGUAGCUGGCCAGAUGCUAGAGGUUGAGGUGGAGGAGAAGAAGAGAGAAAGAGAUGAAGCUCUGUCUGAGAGAGUCCCUCCUCUCAAACUGUCUGGCUUGUCUGUGGAGGAGCUCCAGGAUUUGUGCAGAGAUCUGCACCAUAAGAUCGAUGUGGUAGAUGAGGAGCGAUAUGACGUGGGACUCAAAGUUACCAAAAAUGACAAGGAGAUCCAUGAUUUAGGACUAAAGAUCAUUGAGCUGCAGAGCAAAUUCAAGAAGCCAAACCUGAAGAGGGUGAAGAUCUCAGCUGAAGCCAUGCUCAGUGUUCUGCUUGGCUCCAAGCAUAAGGAGACCAUCGACUUCAAGUCCAACCUCAAGACAGUCAAGAAACCAGAGGAGAAGAAAGAAGAGGUCACCGACUGGCGUCAAAAUGUGGAUGCCAUGUCUGGCAUGGAGGGCAGAAAGAAGAUGUUUGACGCUUGAAAGAUUAGUGAUGAUUAUCACGUUAUCCUCCAACGAUGGCUUUGAUUGAAGAUAAAAGACGAUGCAACAGAGAGGGCAACUGAAGGUAUGAAGAAUAACUGUAGGAGAUAACUGAGGGAACACAUGGAGAAGAAAAAUAAAUACAUACAAACAUUUGUUCUUUUUUGUACGUGAAAUAAAGGUUUUGAUUUAAAUGACUGUAUGGGAAUGUUGAAGGGAAAACAGAUAGUGUGUGUACAAUAAACUUAAUAUUAGUGUGUUUGAGCAAAUGCAUUUCCUUAUUUUCAAUGUGUUUAUGUAGAAGUUACAAGCCAAUCCUUUUUUAUUUGUAGUAUUCCAAGUGCAGUUUCUUGUUUGAUGAACAAUAUUAUCCUCAACUGCCUGAUGAUGGC